AGUGCAGCGUGGCCAGCGAUGCCUUCUGGACCACACGCUGUCUUCGCCGAGGUCCUGGUUUGUUCCUCAACGUCGGCUGAAGGCAUCGUCCCCUGACUCCCUCUUCCAUUCGUCCUUCGGAAAGGGGACCCGACUGGUUCCUCUUCUACAUAUGAGGCACAUCUGCUUGGUGCAAAUGUCCAGGCACCUCUUCUGACUCGGUGAGAGUGAUUUUCCAGUGAUUGCUUUGGCCUGUACAACCAGAGAACAGGAUUCUUCCCUUCUUUUUGGCCACCAAAUGCCUAUGUGCACCACACAUUCCAGUGUGCUGAGAAGGGCAGAGCUUCUUGGAUGAUGAUGGACGUCCCGCCGGGCAGGAUGAAGGCAGAGCGUGUGGCAUCUCCACCUCAAGGGUGCAGCCUGAUCUUCCUCGUCUCCCUUGCCAGCCAGCACUCUGCCUUCUGUAUCCACCAUGGUGUUUGGUGAGUUUUUCCAUCACCCUGGACAAGACGAGGAACUCGUCAACCUGAAUGUGGGGGGCUUUAAGCAGUCUGUUGACCAAAGCACCCUCCUGCGGUUUCCUCACACCAGACUGGGGAAGCUGCUUGCUUGCCAUUCUGAAGAGGCCAUUCUGGAGCUGUGUGAUGAUUACAGUGUGGCCGAUAAGGAAUACUACUUUGAUCGGAAUCCCUCCUUGUUCAGAUAUGUUUUGAAUUUUUAUUACACGGGGAAGCUGCACGUCAUGGAGGAGCUGUGCGUGUUCUCAUUCUGCCAGGAGAUUGAGUACUGGGGCAUCAAUGAGCUCUUCAUUGAUUCUUGCUGCAGCAAUCGCUACCAGGAACGCAAGGAGGAAAACCACGAGAAGGACUGGGACCAGAAAAGCCAUGAUGUGAGUACCGACUCCUCGUUUGAAGAGUCGUCUCUGUUUGAGAAAGAGCUGGAGAAGUUUGACACACUGCGAUUUGGUCAACUCCGGAAGAAAAUCUGGAUUAGAAUGGAGAACCCAGCAUACUGCCUGUCUGCUAAGCUUAUCGCUAUCUCCUCCUUGAGCGUGGUGCUGGCCUCCAUCGUGGCCAUGUGCGUUCACAGCAUGUCGGAGUUCCAGAAUGAGGAUGGAGAAGUGGAUGAUCCGGUGCUGGAAGGAGUGGAGAUCGCGUGCAUUGCCUGGUUCACCGGGGAGCUUGCCAUCCGGCUGGCUGCUGCUCCUUGUCAAAAGAAAUUCUGGAAAAACCCACUGAACAUCAUUGACUUUGUCUCCAUUAUUCCCUUCUAUGCCACGUUGGCUGUAGACACCAAGGAGGAAGAGAGUGAGGAUAUUGAGAACAUGGGCAAGGUGGUCCAGAUCCUACGGCUUAUGAGGAUUUUCCGAAUUCUAAAGCUUGCCCGGCACUCGGUAGGACUUCGGUCUCUAGGUGCCACACUGAGACACAGCUACCAUGAAGUUGGGCUUCUGCUUCUCUUCCUCUCUGUGGGCAUUUCUAUUUUCUCUGUGCUUAUCUACUCCGUGGAGAAAGAUGACCACACAUCCAGCCUCACCAGCAUCCCCAUCUGCUGGUGGUGGGCCACCAUCAGCAUGACAACCGUGGGCUAUGGAGACACCCACCCGGUCACCUUGGCAGGGAAGCUCAUUGCCAGCAUAUGCAUCAUCUGUGGCAUCUUGGUGGUGGCCCUUCCCAUCACCAUCAUCUUCAACAAGUUUUCCAAGUACUACCAGAAGCAAAAGGACAUUGAUGUGGACCAGUGCAGUGAGGAUGCACCAGAGAAGUGUCAUGAGCUACCUUACUUUAACAUUAGGGAUAUUUAUGCACAGCGGAUGCACGCCUUCAUUACCAGUCUCUCUUCUGUAGGCAUUGUGGUGAGCGAUCCUGACUCCACAGAUGCUUCAAGCGUUGAAGACAAUGAGGACAUUUGUAACACCACCUCCUUGGAGAAUUGCACAGCAAAAUGAGCGGGGGGUGUUUGUGCCUGUUUCUCUUAUCCUUUCCCGACAUUAGGUUAACACAGCUUUAUAAACCUCAAUGGGUUCGUUAAAAUCAUUUAAUUCUCAGGGUGUACCUUUCAGCCAUAGUUGGACAUUCAUUGCUGAAUUCUGAAAUGAUAGAAUUGUCUUUAUUUUUCUCUGUGAGGUCAAUUAAAUGCCUUGUUCUGAAAUUUA